GUUGCUGAUGUCAUCAAAGUGCUAACAUUAAUCACUCACAGCAUCACUGGUCCACACACAAGAGUAUAUAACAGGGAUGCUCAGGCUGCAUACUGCCAAGGGGAGGCAAGCAAGAGAGGGGGGAAAAGACAUCAUUUUCUUCUCCUGUGAGGUCUUUGAAAAGCAAAGCAACAGCAUCUUUAGACAAGAUGUGCUCUUGCAGGAAUUUAAGUGGAAGAGACAAAGAAACCAUGCCACCAGCAGCAUCAGAGAAAAAAACUGAAAUCACCAGGCAAUGAGAAUUCAGUCCAGAGAAUCUGAGGAGAAGAAAAAGCAAACUGGCAAACAGACAUCAGUCAGGAAAUAAUUAAUAUAGAAUGGGAUACAAAAAAAGUGGUGUUAGUAACAUUUUCACAGCAGCAUCGCCAUAAAGAAAUUCUGUUCUGGAAUUUCCAUCAGGGAGCGACGAGCACUACGAUUAAGAUCCAAACGACAUCUUCAGUGCUGCAGCUUCUCCAAAGAACACCUUCCCUUUCCACAGGGAGAUCAGCAUCAGGAGAGAAAAAACCUCCCAAAAAACAUCCUGAUGGGAAUAACCAUCCAAAACAUCACAGGAAACACAGCAAUGGUAAUUUGGCCAAAAAUGGCCAGUUGUGUCGACAGCUUUUACAGCAUCAUGUACCACCCUAACUGGAACAGCAUGCUGUCCAGCUACUCCAGAAAGAGCUUCCAGAGGGAAGAGAGGGUGCCCACCACUCGCUCCUCCUUUGUGGUUGAAAACCUGACUCCCCUGACGACGUACAUCAUGUGCGUGACCUGCCAGUCUGCAAACCCCUCCAGCGACCAGUGCAGAGUUUUCAACACGCUGGAACGAGACCCGGUGUCGGCGAGCAGCACCAAGAAAGAGCUGGCUCUGGGCAUCUGGCUCACCAGCGGUGUGCUGCUCCUCAUCAUCGCCGCCGUGCUGCUCUACGGCUGCCUGCACCUCCUCUGCCGCAGGAGACACCAGCGCCUGCAAGAGCGGGGCGGCAGCUCCAAGCGGGAGCCUGAGGGGCCAUGGACCAAAAGCAUGGCCCACGCCUCGGAUGAGCUCAGCAGGCAGAGACAGCACACACAGGACGCUGAGGAAAAGCAUCCGGGUGGCAUCCAGCUGGCCACAAUCAUAGAGAAUCCCUCAGUGUGCAAUGAGCCCAUGGUGACAUCUUCAAAAAGUCAGGAGCGAGUCCCAGUGACAGGACAGUGCUCUGCUAUAAAUUAGAAAGGUUUUUGCCACGUGGGGUACCCCAGCUACUUCAAACACAUUGGUGCUCACAACAGGGAGCUCUGACUGCUCACUGCAGCACUUCUGGCUGUACCUCUGAUUUCACACCCCUUUCCAACAGCCUGUAUGCAAAGGUUCACAUGCCCAAGAAGUGAGCACUUCACCCACCCACCCUUAUUUAAAAUUAGGCAUGUAGCAAGUAUUUGGUUUACAUUUCAAGGGGAAUUUUCAUUGCUUUUCUUUAGCCUAAAACAGCAAACAAAUAUAAAAAGUAGCCAAAAGUGACCAAAAUAAUUUUUGUUAACUAGCAUAUACAAAACUGAGUAGGAGUUUUCAGAUGGCAACCCAGACUGCUACACUACAGGCAACUGGAACAUACACACAGAGUGCAGUGGUUUGCCAGUGUGAGCUUUACCCUAACAAUCCCAGCUGCUUCCCAAAACACACACUACUAUAAGCAGUACUAUACUCAGACAACACACUGCACUGCCCAUGGUGUUGCCCAUCCCUCCCCUCUGCACUGAGGUCAAUCUCAUGAUCUAAGAUAAACUCAUCAGGUUUUUAACUGUAUCCUCUCAUUUCCCCUCAGUCUAAAUACAUGGAAGAUAGAGACUUAGUAAGGACACGUCUAAUUAAGGAAAUAUCCUGGGCUAUUGCAUUUUGCACUCUUCUGCUCCCACCACAAGCCAUCUUCUGCUCCAUGGGCCAGAGACUCCCUGCAGAGGAAAUGGAAUCCAGAAAUGCAGCUCCCGGCCCUUCCUUUUCCCCUUCCCUUUCAGUUUUAAUGAUAACAUGCGUUAAUCAGCUGCAAAUUUCUUUCCAAUUGCACAGUACAUUUUGUGUGAUGAAGGGGGCAAAACACUAAAAACAUGCUAAAAUGCAUUUUAUUUCUGUAACAAGAAAACCUGAUCAUCUCACUCUGCCUUGAGCUUCAUGGCAAAGUGCCAAGGUCCUUUGGACAGAAAUCUGUUCACCCUCACUAGUGACAAGUGUUGUCUGAUUUACAUGUGUAAGUCACCCUGUUUUAAACCUCAUAAGUGCGUUUGUGUUCCAUAAAAACAUAAUAAAUCUUAGUAUUGCUGCAUAUUAUGCCUAAAAAACAAAAGGUGCACAGCGAGUGCAGGCAGUUAAUUGCUCUUGGUACUAAAGUACGUGUGAAGUCAGCUCUCUCUGACACAGCUUGGUUGCACCAGUGAAGGCUGGAGAGCUGCUGCCUGGGCAGCUGCCAUCCCCCUCCACCCUGGAAGCUAACGGGGGGUACAAUUUUGGCAAGAGAGCUCCCCAUGAAUAUUUCACAGCAGGUAGCGGAUCUUUUCAGCUACUCUAUUUUGACAACAAUUCCCACGACUUGUGAAAUGCAUCGACUCUGAGUGCUAAGGAGAAGCUGGCAUAAGUGUGAUGAAUCUUUCUUUUUUUUUUUUUUGAGUAGGACAAGCAUGACACACAGAGCACUUGCUGAACGGGGGCGAGUAUGACUUUCAGAAAACACUUCAAAAGGCAUUUUUAUUGUGUGAAGUUAGCAAUAACGUGUUCUCCACCUGCCUCAGAGCACUUCCUCCAGCUGACACGUUUUCCUUUGUCUUGCACGUCAGUCUCAAACAAACUGUGAGAAUAACAGCUCACUGCUGUUUCAAAUGACAAUGUUACAUGAAAUAGGCACUAUUUCAAGAACCCUCAUCAGAACAUGAAGCCAGCACAACAGGUUUAGUGCCAUAAAGGGGUGCCUGGGUGGCGAGGACAGAGAAAAUGCUUUAAAAUUAUCUUGCAAUCAAAUUGACAGUAACACUUCUCUGAUUAGGUUUUCAUCAAGAAAAGAUAAUUUUAAUAUUAAUGGGAUGAGGCCAAGAGACACAGUCAAUCUCUGCCAACAUCUUGGGCUCUUGGAAACCUGUUUACUUCUCUGCAUGUCCAUUUCUUUAUGUGGGUUUUAAGGCAGUGCAAUACAUAUACAGACACACAUUUAUGUUAUAUACACAUGUACAUGCCACACUGAGAACAAGGAGCAUUUCUCCUUAAAGCAGUUUCUAGGCAAUUCACCUACUGCAUUUUCUUAUUUAUAUACAAACACACACAACCAAAAGACAUGCCUACAUCCAACUGCAAAUAGAAAGACAUCCAAUAGAAAGCAAAGAGCUACCAUGGUAGUGCUUCCCAAGGGAUUUACCUUCUCUAAAUAUAAAACCAUUCCACCCACAGAGUUUACUGUGCACUACUAAGAUAAACAUUUAUAUCAUCUCACAAGCAAUGGACCAUCUCACACCUGCUGCAAAUGAGCAAUUCAUGCAGAGUGUCAUCUGUUUUCUGCUCUAGUUCUGAAAAACUCAUAUCACCACAUGCCCACAGAGCUGCAUGCUUUGUUUCUUGCUGAGAAAGUUUUAUUACAGAUUAAUUCAGGUUCAUUCAGGCAAUUCUGUAUUAGAUUUGGUAAUUCUCCACUCAACAGUCAUCGAGUAUGCGGCAAACAUUCUAAGUGAUUACCAAACUGAUAGCAGGUUGCAACACAGUGCAAACUGACUUUAAUUUGUGCACAUGCAGUAGAUAAAAAUCAUUAUAUUCACAGUGAGAAGUACCUUUCAAACACGUAUUUUUCACAAAAUAUAUCUACAAAGGUGCCGGAGACAAAAAAACCAUGACAAUAUCUGGAAAAUGUUGUCUAAGACAUAAAGAAAGCCUUUCAAUUCAGGUCUACACAAUGUCUAUAAAACCAAGUACUUAACAGAAAGUUAGUUCAAGUCCCCAGGAAAGAUACUUUCUUAUAUGUAUAUUAUAAAAUAUUUCAUGCAUUCACCCAAUGUUGCCAAAUUCCAACCUGCUAAUAUUAAUAUCAUUAAUCCUACACGUACUGUAACUGAGUAAAGGGAUUUCAGUGACCAUGCUCAACCAAACUUUUAAAAUAAUCCAGCUCACUUAAAAGGCUAAUGAGCUUCUGUAGGCUGGCUCCUUCCCACCUGACAGCUCUGCUUCCACAUCAACCAGAAGAAGGAAGUUGUAUCUGUGGGUUUUUGUUUGGCUAAUUACAUGAAGAUAUCACUCAGAAAACUUGAGUUGCCAAAGAGAAUGUUACUACAACUCUCUAUGCUAAGUAUCAAGACACAUUAAUACAGACCAGAUGCUUUGAUCCAUUUAGAAAUAUCUGGGAAUAUGUGAAUACUUUGAGAUACAAACAAAAAAUUUCUUUAGUUACUGCUGUAGUAGCGAAGCCUCUAUAAUGUAAGAAUUCCUAUCUGUUACUGCCUAUAAUAAAGUAGAAAUGUUAAAAACUCCACUCAGAGAUCCUGAAUUUCAAAACAAAUUCAACUCAAGAAUAAAAAUAUACUCUUGUUAAAAUUUAAAAUUA